UUACCAUGUCUACAACACCUUACCUGCUUAUUAACUCUUCUGAAGAAUCCUCUCACAAGAAUGCUCAAUGUUCUCUUCAAAAAGCCAAAAAAACUGCAAAAUAUAAUAAUCCUAAAGAAAAACAAUUAAAAAAAUGA